AUGAGUAUCGGCCUGAUCGAACAACUGAUCAUCUUGUCGAAAGUAUCAGAUCAUGGCUCCUCGGUGGUAACGUACUUCUUUUGUCAAAAUGCCGACUACCGACUGAACACGGUGGAAGCCAUUCUCAAAGGACUGAUACUGCGCCUCUACGAAGCACGAGAGGAGACCCGACCAGUCUUGCGAGAGCUAUGGGAUGACGAACACCAGCGACCGUUCGCCAAGAUCGCACCAUUGCGCGAGCUUUGGGACAUGUUUGAAGCUAUGAUGAAUAAGUGUCACUGUCGCAUUUACAUUGUGGUCGAUGCGUUGGACGAAUGCACGAAGGCGGGAAUGUCGGAUUUGCUGCGGCUAAUCGUGCGGAACGGACUAGACUCGCCGUCCAAGAUGAAGUGGUUGCUCACGAGCCGACCGUUAGCAGAAGCCGACCGAAUGCUGCUCGCUAGCCAUGAGCAGUUGCAACUCAGUCUGGAUCUUGAGUCCGCUCGUGUAGCCACCGCGGUGGACAGUUACAUCGUCCAGAAGCUUAAUAAACUCAAUCGUAUGCAUGACUAUGGGACGGAUCUUCGAGAGCGUUUACAAGCUCGCUUGUCGGCGAAAGCGGAAGGUACUUUCCUCUGGGUCAGUCUGGUGUGCAAGCAGCUCGAAGCCGUGCCUGCUAGUCACGCAUUCCAAACCAUCGAACGAUUAGCCAAUAGGCUGGAUGCCGUGUAUCUCAAAGCGUUGAACGAGAUUCGUCGUGAGGAUUCUACAGGGAAGUGUAGACGGCUUCUUAAAGUCAUGGCCCUCGCCUUUCGGCCUUUGACCUUGCAAGAGAUCAACGGCAUAGCUGGGCUUCCUUAUGCGGACAUGAUUAAUCACGCGACUAUCGGGCGGUGCACCUCCUUUGUUCGAAUGCAGGAUCAGAAGGUCGAAUUCGUACAUCAAUCCGCACGAGAUUACUUCCUGUUGGCUAGGGCAGACCCGUCCAACGACGCCCUCGGGUCGUAUGGACACCGACAUAUUGCUCUUAGCGCGCUAAGACUCUUACGCAGCCGAUUGAAGGUCAAUCUAUUAGAUCUACCGUGGCCGCAAACAUCGUCCACCACAGCGCAAGCAAUAACUCGGAGCAAGAUCGACGGCCCUGCUCUAGAGCUCGAAUAUGCCGCAUCAUUCUGGGCACAGCACUCGUGCAAUACUGAUACGUCAGACAAAGGCAUCAUCCCUGAAGUGCGCAGUGCAACGGCAGAUUUCCUGUCUAGCAGGUUCCUCGAGUGGCUGGAAUGUUUGAGUUGGCUAGGGAAUUUGAAAAGUGGCGCAGAGACAUUGAGGCUCAUAUGUAAGCCGGCCAAAGAACUGCAGCCCGAAUACGAUGGGCGACUCUUGCCGCUUGCCCUAGAUAGUCUUCGAGUACUGCUACGACAUUUCCAGGCAAUUUCGACAUCGCCUCUCGAAGCGUACGGCGCUGCGCUUGUGUUUUCUCCCGAAUCCAGUAUUAUCAAAAGAAGCAAUACCGCGAAGAGACCAGCGUGGUUAGUGCAAGUGCCUCGGAUAGAGGAAGCUUGGUCGCCGCUGUUACAGACGUUGACCGGCCACUCGAGCUGGGUCAGGGCGGUGGCGUUCUCGCCGGACGGCAGCCAGAUCGCAUCGGGCUCGUGGGACAAGACGGUUCGAGUGUGGGAUGCGGCGACGGGCGAGCAUUGGAAGACGCUGACCGGCCACUCGAUCCCUGUCGCGGCCGUGGCGUUCUCGCCGGACGGCAGCCAGAUCGCAUCGGGCUCGUGGGACGAGACGGUUCGAAUGUGGGAUGCGGCGACGGGCGAGCAUCGGAAGACGCUGACCGGCCACUCGGGCUAUGUUAUGGCCGUGGCGUUCUCGCCGGACGGCAGGCAGAUCGCAUCGGGCUCGCAGGACAAGACGGUGCGAGUGUGGGAUGCGGCGACGGGCCAGCAUCGGAAGACGCUGACCGGCCACUCAGAACUGGUCACGGCCGUAGCGUUCUCGCCGGACGGCAGGCAGAUCGUAUCGGGCUCGGAAGACACGACGGUGCGAGUGUGGGAUGCGGCGACGGGCUAG